AUGAAUGCUAAAUACCUUGAGUAUAAUAACUCAUUUGCACAUAAUUCGAUUUCAAAAUGGAAAACUAAAUAUUUAACACACAAAUAAAUGGAAAAUUUAAAAAACGAACAUAAAACAAGAUGUCAAAAAACAUUUGUUUUUAUUGAAGAAGAAAUUUUGUAAAUAUAUUGUAAAAUUAUGAGGGAAUAGAAAUUAACAAUUAAUGGAAAACUAAUAACAGAAAUUUUCAUCGAAAUCCAUAGUUUUAGAGUAGAAAAAAAAAAAUAAUUUUCAAAAUUAUCACUUAAUAUCUUAAAUCAAAGCAAAGAUGAUGAUAUAAAAAAUCACUUUGAUGUUGAAAUCUUAAUUUGA